CAGGACCUCCCAUUGACAAGCUAUUUUGUGUUUAGUCUAUUGCUGUUGCUAUAAACUGAGGCCUACUAGGCUCUAUAAAUACUGCAAGAAAACUGUCCCUAAUCUAUGGACCUCAUCUUAUCCUAGCUCAGAAUGUCGCAGGUCGGUAAGCAUCAUUCGGAAGAGAAGGUCAAUGGUGACGUGUCUUCACCCUCUAAAGUACCAAAGAUGGAAGGCAGUCCUGAAGAGCGGCUAGCUAAAGUGAAAGAUUUCUUUGGGAGAGGUGGGCCCAAACCACCCCCUCCGAAACCCAAACCCAAGAAAUUUCCCCCAGUCCACCAGUCUGAGAAUACAAACGAGGGCAAGGACACGCCCCCUUACUCUCCGCUGUCGCCAGGAAUGGAGGACCCAGGCUCUAUUGUGCUGGACAUGGAGAGCCUCUCUCAACUCAGUACCAUUAUGGAGAUAGACCUGGACGCAGUGGUAAGAGAGCAAGAGAUACUGGAGAACCAGGCCCUCAAGGACAGAGCUGCUCUCAGCCAAUCCAAGGGACUGCAGACCAGACGUUUGCCCAAGAACUAUGUUUCCAAAGUGCCGGUAGACUACGCAGACCGACGAAGAGCCCAGAGCUACACCGCCCUCUCCACCGCAUUGUCUAGCGAGGGCACAGACGGAGGCUCCACCCCUGAAAUAUCGGAGGAAGAGAGGAAACAAAGAAUUUUGUCUCGGUCUGGCAUCAGCCAAGGCUCAAACCCUCUGGCUGCUCUGGGCAACAUACUCAAGAGAAAGAACUCACUUCGAGGAAGCAAAUCGCCGAAAUCACCGAAGAAAGAUAAGAAAACUGAUUCUCCACGCUCCACACCCAAAAUGAAAAAGAAAGACUCUCUAGGCACACCAGAUGCUGCUAGCGUAUCGAAAGGAUUUUUUGGCAGUUUGCGACGUUCGGGUUCACGAAACUCUGGCAGGAAAAAGGGGAAAUUCGAUAGUGUCAGUGCGACGGCAAGUGCUAAUGUUUCGACGGAAGAUCUACGAGCGGAUAACGCCAGUGUCCUCAGUAUGCCCAUUCAUCCGUCCCCUAGACGAUUAGAAGACCCUGUCACUACAAGCACACCUAUCAAGAAACCAAACUACGAGAGAGAAGCCGAUAGUCCAACUACUCCGCAACACACUACUAUUGCCACGAAAACGCCUCUCAAUGAUCGUUCAUUUGCGAGCCCCGAUAAUCACAGAAAUAGUUCCCUAUUUAGAGAGCCCUCCGUCGAGAAACUUUUUGAUUCCGACUCAUCCAAUCUUUUCGGUUCCAGUGAGCUAGCCGCUUUUUUUAUGAAGGAAAAAGAAAGUACACCCGAACGCAGCAUUCCAGAGUCUAAAAAGGAGGAGUCUAAAGAAGUGGAGGCUCCACCUACUAGUAAGGUAGAAGUCAAAGCAUCCAUAUUGCGUCAACCUGAAUCUAAGAGUAACAUUCGCUCCCGGUUGCAUGCGUACGAAAGGGCCUCCACUAGCGAUAGCACCAGCAAGCCCCCACCCCUCGUUGAGGAAGGCAGCAAAGAUGAACAAAAGGAGGUGAAACAAGGCACUAAAGAUGAAAAAAAAGAGUCUGUAAAUAAAGACACCAUUUUGAAGGAAUCUGCGAAACCAGUGCCAAGAGGAAGCAAAGGAAAAAAAGACGAUAUUAAAAAGGAGCCUACCAAUAAAGUCAGUGACCUUUUCGACGAUCUUGAAGAUGAUGAUUUAUUCGGACCUACCAAAACACCAACAUCACCCUCGUCAAAACCCAGCGCCCAAUCAGAUUUAGACAAGAAAAAAGCCAGUUUGUUUGAGGAUGAACUUUUCCAAGACGACGCCCCUAAAUCCAAACCACCACCUGUCAAAAAAGAGCCCCCAAAAGUCAUGCCUAAAAAACCAAAGAAAUCUAUCGAUGGCAGCCCAAAGAGAGAAACCAACAAAGAGACUGUUAAAAUUUCCAAACCAUCAAGUGUUGUUGUUAAAACUGAUCCUACAAUUACCACUACUGCUGAGAAAUCUGUUACCAAGGAGACAAAGGAGGAACCAAAAGUGGAGGAACCAAAGAAAGAGGAGAAGAAGCCGGACACUAUUUCAUCGAGUUUCUUUGAUGAUGAUUCUGAGCUACCAGUGUACGGAUUGAGAAGGAAGGCACGGUCAUCACGGUCAUCACAACAAUCUGUAACUGAAACUGAAACAACAGAAUCGCCAAAAAGUGAGGAAAAGCCGAAGAUUGAUAGUGGAUCGAAAGUAUCGCCAAAAAGUGAGGAAAAGCCAAAGAUUGGUGGUGGAUUAUUUGAUGAUGACUCAUCUGACUUACCUCCAUUUGGACUGAGGAGAAAGAGACGAGAUAAGACUAACGAUGGCGGGCUGUUUGACGAUCCUGUUGAACCACCUCGUUAUGGCCGACAAACUAAGGCUGCAAGAGAACGGGAGGAGCUUGAUUCUGCUGCAGACUCACUAUUUGCUGAUGUCGAUAAAGAAGUGGGUAUGUCUGAAGCCGAAGCGGAAGUGUCAAAGGUCACCACCACCGAGGAUAAAACACAACUUGAAAAAGAGAGCGAAAAACGAGAGAAAGACAAGGAGGCUACAAAGGAUAAAUCACCUGACCUCUUUGAAGAUGACAAAAUUGAUGGUACUACUAAAGAGGAGGUCGUUAUCAUAUCACCUGAAGUUGAAAUCAGAGAGCCUACCCCCGACAAAGAAGCUGACAAAGAAGCUGACAAAGAGGUGACGAUAGAGCCUCCAAAAGAAACCAAAACUGAUGACAAGAAGGUGUCCAGGAGAGACAGGUCUGCCACUGAACUAGGCACUUCUGCUACUACUGGUAAAGCCGGGAAAACCGUGGUCGAUAAAAAAUCAGGCAAACCAGAGCCCUCAUGGAUGGCCGAUCUCAAGAAGAAACGGGAGAGUGGGGAGAAAUCUACUUCUACAACAGUCAAAAAGACUACCAGCACUAAGCUAGCUUCUUCCGCAGCUGCUAAGGAUGAUGAGGAAGUACCUGAGUGGCAGAAACGUGUAUUUGAGAGGAGAAAGAACAGAGCGGCCGCCGCUUCCUCGCCUAAAACUACCGGGAGGCUAUCGGCUAAAACUGAAACAACCACUUCGACACGAUCUGCUACGAAAUCACCCACUGCUGGUCGCAAGUCUCCCAACACCAGCCGAAAAUCGCCCGUUCCUGGUAAAAAGAGUGAACAAAAAUCGACGGCAGGAACAGAAAGAAAAAGUCGUUUCGAUCGUGACAAAGAUGAUCGUGGCUUUAGCCAAUCAGUGGAUGUUACCAGCUCUCGUAAAACAACAACAAAAACUAGUGUUUCGUUGAAAACCUCAAGCACCAAAGAAGUUAAACCCACAGAGCCAAAAGAAGAAACUGAUUCACCCAAACCUAAACUUUCCAAGAAGCCAAGCAUUGAGGUAGUCUCAAAAAUAAUAAGAGUUUCCUCGUCGAAGUCCCCUCGUGGUUCAACAACCUCGCCUGAGCCAGCUACUCGUAAGGAAUCAAAAUCGGCAGCAGAGGAUGAAGAUGAAGUGUUUGUUGAAGGUAAAGCUGCAGUUGAGAAGAAGUCACCUAAGAGGACCUCUUCGCCAAAAUUGUCAGUGGAUCGGGUAUCGAGUGAUUCUACCAGUGCAAAGGAGAGCUCAACCACAACUGAGUCUGCCGCUAAAGAGAGUGUUACCAGCGAGAAAGCCUCUGUAGAAGAAAACUCCACAGAAGCUGACAAGAAUCCCUCCAAAUCCACAUCCAGUACCUCCUCUGAGCGAGAGAGAGCCCAAUCCCCUCCCUUCCGAUCACACAGCAUAUCCCGUUCGCCCACCCCCACCUCCCCCACUGGACCACUCAAACUUAAAACCGACUCGGACAUCCCUGAGUGGAAGAAGAAGCUUCUGGAGAAGAAGACAGGUACUACCCCUGUGACCAAGAAGAAAGUCACUACCAGUGUUGCAGCCAAGAAGGAACCAGAGUUGCCAGCCUGGAAGAAGGAGUUACUGGCACGGAAGCAAGCAACAUCAACAGAGAGAAAGCCUCGGAGUGCCACUGUGGCUGUGAGCAAGCCGUCCUCGUCCUCAACAACCAGGGCCGGCCGCAGGGACAAAGACAAGGCGAAGGAAACACCAGCCUUCAUGAAGGAAUUUCAAAAAAAGAAAGAAAAGAGUAAAUCUUAGCGGUCUACUACUAUAGAGGGUUCAGUAAACACAUUCUAUUUCACGUUACAGUACAUUUAGUUUAGCUUCUGUGUUCUCUCUGUCUGUAUAGAAUCAGUAAUAUUAUAUCGAUUUUCGUUGUGCAAAAAGCGAAUAUAAAUGUCAGCUGCUGUAAUUAUGUGCGUGUGGUAUCCUGUGUAUUUUUUGUAUCCUAAAAAAAUCAUAUUCUGACUGUAAUAAAUUUUGAUUAACA